AUGAUGGCAGUGUUACCGUGUAACGAGUCCUUAGUGGCGCAUCAAGGGGCUAACCUUAACUAUAAUAAAAAUUGUGCUGUCGAAGAUAGCAGUUCGGGUUGUGAAUCUUCCGACGAAUGCUCAAAUAAAGAUUGUCCGCAGGGCUUCUUCAGGCGCAGCAUCCAGCAAAAGAUCCAAUACCGGCCCUGCACCAAAAACCAACAGUGUUCUAUCCAGAGAAUCAACAGGAACCGAUGCCAAUAUUGUAGAUUAAAGAAAUGCAUUGCUGUUGGAAUGAGCAGAGAUGAUGAACAAGACGAAAUAGGCGAGAAAUAUAGGUCGCCGGGUCCGGGAGGUGAAUGA